AUGGUGAACGGACCGGGUCAAUUGGGGGUCCGCUGGAAGUGGAAAAGACCGUUGCAGUCGGGGCAGGAGCUGGAAGACGUGUACCAGCUUGCUAGCCUUCUGGGUUCGGUUCGGUUAUCUGAUAAAAAGGAUAAAUGGGGUUGGUUUGGUGACGGUUCGGGCGAGUUCAGUGUUGGUGCCGUCAAGAAAGUUAUUAUGGAAGGCCGUAAUUCUCCGCCCAUUUCAAGUUUCAAAUGGUGCAAAUGGAUUCCUGUUAAAUGUAACAUAUUUGCGUGGAGGGCCAGUCUAAACAGAAUUCCUACGGUGGAAGCGCUUAGUAAAAGGAAUGUUCAUGUGCAAGAUUCUCAUUGCGGUUUCUGCAUCGAUGGAGAGGACAAUGUUGAUCACCUUUUUAUUCAAUGUCUAGCGGCGAACUCGGUUUGGAAUGCUAUCAGCGGGUGGUGUCGGAUUCCGCCCAUCUUCGCGUUCUCCUUUCAAGACCUUAUGGAAACACAUUUACACAGCGGGUUAAAAGAGCCGGAGAAGUCGAUCUUGCAAGGGCUGGUCAUCAUUGCUUGUUGGAGUAUCUGGAAGGCUAGGAACGAUGCGAGGUUCCGAUCGACUCAAGUUAGAAUCGAAAGAAUAAUCAGCGAAGUGAAGUCGGUGGGGUACUUAUGGGUCAGAAACAGAACGAAAUUUAGAAAUUUAACAUGGGAAGAUUGGUGUAAAUUUGUAAUUAUGUAG